UUUGCUUGUAUGAUUGCAAUGUUUGCUACGGUACGUUAACUUGUGUGUGGAUGAUAAAAGGUUCUGAACGGUUAAAGGCUGUUGAUCGGUUAUGAUUAAUUGGAAAAUAAUGCCGUUGGUGAAAACAUUUGGUUUUUGGUGUGUUUAAUAAGUUAAAAUAUAACAAUAUUAUGUGCCAAAGAACUGACUGAAUCGAAAUCGUACAAAUAGUUGGAUCAUGUUCGAAGUUGUAAGAAGUUGACUCAUGAAAGCUACAGAUAACAGGAAUAAGAAUGUCUCUUAGUGCAGGUUUUGAAGUGUCAGCUAUGAAAGCCAGUUUUUCCAUGUCAUCUUUGCAAGCCCCUGAAAUGGAAAGAGAUAUCACCCCAAGACUCUGUAAUAGUUUGACAAAAAAGAAGCGCAAGGAAAUAGAACACUGGAGAAGAUCAUGGGGAAGUUCAGCCAGUGACCAGAAAGAUGACUUCUGGUCAGCUUUACAAGCUAAUUAUAAUUAUAUUAUGGAUAAUCAACUAAUUGACAAUUGUCAGGAGGCAAACGGCGAGCUAAAUUUGGAUAAAACCUGGUCUUUAAUAGAAUUUUAUACUAAGUUCUCAGAACUCUAUUCCUGGCUUAAUAGUGUUCAAGAGGCUAUAUUUAGUAAAGAACUCAGUGAAAUUGAUAAAGAAUUGAAAGCUCACUACAGUGAUGAGGUAGUGCAGAAAAAUUCACUUCGAAAUCUUUUCAAUGAACAAGCUAGUCAGUUAGUGCAAUUGCAUCCAGAUGUAAAAGAGGAGGUAACACGUCGAGUUAUGCAUAUUAACUCUAAAUGGGACUCACUCCAGGCUGCUCUUGGUCUUACAAAUUCUAAAGGCAUCGAUCAGUCUUUUACAGGUAUAAUACAAAUUUGCUUUUACAUUCUUAAAAACGUAUUUCUAAUUUAAAAGGUAGCAGUUGUA